GUUUCUCCUCCAACUAAGCACAACGUAGUACGCACACAGACAUCCUAUACUUUUGUCUUCCUCUCUCUUUAAUGUAUAAAAUUUUCCUCGUGGAGUAAGCCAAUAAUAUUCCAUUUUACAACCUCUCCAUUAAAGUACGCCUUUGCGUUCAAGUUCAGCCAUUCAGCUUCAACAACUGAAAAAAAUGCACGCAAAGACUGACUCAGAGGUAACAAGCAGCGCCCCCUCAUCUCCCACUAGAUCACCACGCCGUCCUGUCUAUUACGUCCAAAGUCCAUCACGGGACUCCCACGAUGGAGAGAAAACCACAACCUCGUUUCACUCGACGCCAGUGCUCAGCCCCGCCGGUUCACCCCCACAUUCACACUCCUCCGUGGGCCGCCACUCGCGUGAGUCCUCAUCCAGCCGGUUUUCAGGGUCGUUGAAGCCGGGAUCGCGCAAGAUCUCUCCCAGUGAUGGCUCUAGAGGCGGGCAAAGGAAGGGACAGAAACAGUGGAAGGAGUGUGAUGUGAUUGAAGAAGAAGGACUUCUUGAAGAUGAAGAGCGCGAAAAGGGUCUUCCUCGUCGAUGCUAUUUUCUUGCCUUUGUUCUUGGCUUCUUUGUUUUGUUUUCUUUCUUCUCUUUGAUUCUAUGGGGAGCUAGUAAGCCACAGAAACCCAAGAUCACAAUGAAGAGCAUAACAUUUGAACAAUUCACAGUUCAAGCAGGUUCAGAUUUCACUGGAGUGGCAACUGACAUGAUCACCGUGAAUUCUACAGUUAAAUUAAUCUAUCGUAAUACUGGCACGUUCUUUGGAGUUCAUGUAACAUCAACUCCUCUAGAUCUAAUCUAUUCUCAAAUCUCUGUAGCUUCCGGAUCUAUUAACGCGUUCUAUCAAUCAAGGAAAAGUCAGAGAACAGUCACAGUUGUGGUAGCGGGUAAUAUGAUUCCACUGUAUGGAACUGGAGCUGGUUUGAGCAGUUCAUCAGGCACCACCACCGUGCCGGCGGCUCUUAAUCUGAAUUUGGCGGUUAGAUCAAGGGCAAACGUUUUGGGGAAAUUGGUGAAGACAAAAUUUUACAGGAAAAUACACUGCUCUGUCACCUACGACCCUAAGAAGAUCAACGUUCCCAUUUCCCUCAAGAAUUCUUGCACAUACGAUUGAUUACUGCCCCACAAAACGAUAGAUUUUUCUUUUUAUUUUAUUUUUUUGUGGCAUUCUUUAUUUUUAGUUCCUUUUGUUGAGAGUGAAGAUGAGUUACAGCUAAGCGGGCAGCAUUUGAGUUGUUUGGGCAGGAAAUGAGGGAACUUGUUCGUAGACUUUUUGGCUGCCCCGAAAGUACCCGGAGAAUGUGAAAAAUGCAUUGUGAGUGACGAACUUUCUUUCUUUUUGUUUAUUUAUUUUUUAAUGUAUAAUUAAGAAAUUAUUUAUUUCUUGUGGAUCUUAAGGAUGUAAUGCUAUUCAUAAUUUUGUCA